AUGUCCAAUAUAUUCAGGGAUAGCACCAUAGGGUUCAAGCCUCGUGCAAAUAUCUUUUCAAAGUUACGAGGCAAAGAUGCCACUCAUGAUAGUGAUAAUCUAAGUGUCAGUGAGUCUUCUGAUAUACGGACGAGUCUAUGUGCGAAACUGGAUGUUACCCCAAACAGCUUUAGCCAGAAGGUUGAUACACGCGGUCUUGUUGAGAGCACCCCUGAAACAAAACACAGUAACUCUAGAAACCUCAAGCUAGGCUAUGAGGAAGAAGAACUAGAAAUUACUGAGGUGCGUUGUGUCGACAAAAAUGCCAAAGAGAUUUCAGAAUCGUUAAGGACCAUCAAACCGAAAAUUGCAUGUCAGGAAGCUGGGGAGACAUCGACGAAUGACGUUUUACUUGAAGCUUUUACCAACACUCAGCGGAUAUGUUCUAAUCUAAAGCAAGAGUUACAACGGCAGAAGGUUGAAAAUCACGACCAAAAACAGCAAAUUACCAAUUACAAGACGGAAGUGAGCAAAAUCAAUGAAAGGCUGAUACAAUAUCAACAAUUCUUAACCUCAAUUGAGGAAAAAUCCAAGUAUUUACAACAACAAAAGACAAAUGAUGAAGCUGCAAUGAAAGAAUUGAAGUCUAGCUAUGAAAAGCUGCUGAAUAAAGUAAAGGGAUACUCGGUUGAUUGUCAAAACCUCAAACAAAAUCUUGAAAAUUGGAAAACUAACUGUAAAAACUCAGAAUAUGAAUUGUCAAAAAAUGCGAAAGAGCUUGAAUAUUUGAAAAAGGAGCUUAACAUAUGUUCGGGCCACCUCAGUGAGGAAAAGAUUAGAAACAGCGACUUACUUCAAGAACUUAAGGAAUCCAGGGAACAAUCCAAGGAAGUUUUGGAACAAGUUAUUAGGAAUAUCGAACGCGAUAUUAAGAAAGAACUCAAAUCAGUCUCCAUUUUAGUUUCUGCUGAAAAAACUUCCAAUGGUAGAAUAUCGAAAGAAAUUGCUAAUAUAAGCAAAACAACAUUCCAAAUAUCCAGUAUUCUUAAUAAAAAUCAUAUCUCACAGGUUUCUGAAGAGACUGCGCACUUUCAAGAGCAUCUUGAAAACUUGAUAAAUGAUGUUCGAACGAGGUUUGACGAUGCCAUCCAAAAGAUCAAUCCUAAGAUUCCCGAUACUGAUACCAUACACAAGACCUUGAGCGCAAUAUCAAAGGCCUUGGAUGAUUCUCAUAUUCUCGAUAUUAACGCAAAGUUAGCCGAACCCGUAAUAAUUCUCAAGCCGCUUAUAGGUGAAGUUUUGAACUCUCUCACCGUUAUUUCAAAAAAUAUCAAAGCUUCUGAAGACCGAGCAAAGAAGGCGUCAAAACAUGAACUAACGGUAAGCAGUUUGCAAGAGCAGAUUCAGUCACAUAUUUUACGCAACGAUGAACUGAAAGCUAUCUUAGAAAAGAAGGACGAACAGAUAGCAAGUUUGAGCAAGAUAGUAUCUGAGAAGGGUUGCAUCAUUGACGAUGUGAAUGAGAAAGUUCUGGAAUUAAAUGAGAAGCUGGUGUGCAAAACUGAUGCACUCGAUAAGCUCUCCAGUGAAUUGAGCAUGGCACACACAAGCUUUGAAGGUAAGUUCGCGGCCCAAAAAGAGAUACUACGAAUAACAACUGAAGAUAGAGAUGGUCUAAGAGUCAAAAUCGCUAAAAUUCAAGAGAAUAAAGAAGUGUCUGACAGAGAAAUUGAUACGGCAAAGCUAAGAGCUCAAAACGUUAAUGAGCAAUUGCAAAAAUUGAAUGUUGAAGUAGUUCAGUCUAAGGCAAGGGAGCUCGAGCUUGAUGAGGAUAACAGAAAUCUGAGAAACCUAGUCGACCAAUUGAAUUUGGAUGCCAGAGAGUCGGCUGAUUUGUUAAGAGGGCUAAAGUGUCGCGUAUCGUCACUUGAGGGAGACAAGAGAUCAUCUGCUGAUGAGAAGCUUGAGCUUCAUGACAAGAUUACCGCACUCGAACAUCAGCUUCAGACAGCAAGAAAGCAUGUCCAAGACUUGAAGGAUCAACGACACAAGAUUCCACAAGUCAAAAAAAUCGCUGAAGAUACCCAGAAGACGUCCCGUAAAGGUGAGCGCCAAGAAGGUGAUGCAUUCGAUCUAUCAUCAUCGAACGAUGAUCUCGAACUCACAAAUCCGUCGCCAAUUCAGAUCAAGCACGUCAAGGGCAAAAAAGGCACACAUGGACUUAAGCAGUCACUCGUAGCUAAGAAGAAGAAGUUACUACUUCUUGACGAAAAUGAGAAUGCGGAAAUGCGCACUUCGGGAAAGAAGAGAAAGAGGUUUUGA